GUCACUCAUACCAUCAUUGUUUUCUUCCUUGCCUGAGCCAAAUUAGAACACAAAUUACCAUCAUGUUUACUCUUUAAUUUAGUUAGUUCCAUCUGAAGUAAAUCAUGUCCAAGAAGAAGCUUCAUAAUCCCAUGAAUUUCUUCCAAGAAAACCGUGGAGUAAAUCAACAAAGAGCACUGGAUACAGCACUCGUAGAAUGUUGUCUGUCUGGAGAUGACGAUGCGGUGAUCGACCUUUUGCAGAAGGGAGCCUCCCCGGAAGGAGAGGCGUAUGCGAUGACACAGAUUGCGAGUGGGGAAAACUUCAAGCGGCCGCUGAUGGCCGCAGUGAUGAACGGGCACAAGAAGAUUGCGCAGCUGUUGUUAGACAAUGGAGCUGAUCCGUGUGGUGUGAACAGGUACCAUGUCCAGCCCAUCCAUCUUGCUGCCCAUGCCGGUCACAGAGAUUGUGUGACUCUGCUUCUCAAUGCUGGAGCAAAUGCUAACGCGGAGACUUCGGACUUCAAUGCGCCUGGUGUCUACAAAAAGCCAUUUCGAGGAGGGACCACACCCUUACACAUGGCAGCCAAGUUGAACCGCAGCGACUGCAUUGAAGAGUUGGUACAACAAGGCCAUGCUGAUCUUGACAAGAAAGACGUGAUUGGAAUGAAUUGUCUGAACACUGCAUGCCAACUUGGCCACGAAGAGAGUGCUCUCACCAUUCUUAGGCUGUCUCGAGAAAAGAAGAUAGCGGCUAAGUCAUCGAUAGGCACAGGAAAUAGCCCACUCCAUGACUGCGUACGUUGUGGCCUUCUGAAAGCGACAAAGGCUCUUUUAGACUACGGGGUCGAGGUGAACGCAGCUAAUCCAACUGGUUAUACUCCGCUGCACUUUGCUAUGAUACAAACAAGUGAUGCUGGACCAGAUCUUAUACGAACUCUCAUACUGCAUGGCCGCGAUAUUGAGGUCAACCUUCCGAAUAGAAAAGGAUUAAAACCUCUUCAUCUUGUGGCCUUCAAGUCGGACGGAAGAGAGCACUUUCAUCACGUACACACCAUAGAGUAUCACAUGUCCCGUGAUCAUAUAACCCUUGACCCCGGCCGACCUCGCUAUGACCCAGAACUGACCUGCUUCUUGCUGCAGUACGGAGCAGACUUCAACAUCGAGUAUCACGGCAGGUCGUUGUUACAACAGGAGAUCUACAACAAAGAUGAUGACGAUGAUGAUGAUGUCAUCUUAGAUACUAUCUUGCGAGCGACGGACUCCUUUGAGAUACCCCACCACCCCAGUCCGAGGGAUAGCCAAAUGUCAAGGGAUUUAGAGAGAUUGACCAUGCUGCGGACUCUGUUCUCUAACCCGAGACCGCUCCAACAUCUGUGCCGUCUUCGCGUCAGGAGGCUCCUCAGACCGACACGUCUUAAUAGAGUCGGGGAGCUGGCUGUUCCCGAUCGCCUCAAGGAAUACAUCCUCUUAAAAUGUUGAGUAUGCAAUUAUUGUCACAGCGGAUAAAAUCCACUUAAAACAUUUCAAUAUUUAUUGGAUUAUCAUGGUAUACAUGAAUUUGUGUAUGAAGGUAUGUAUUUAAGCAGGCAUGCAAAGAGAUCUGACCUAUAUGAGGACUUUCAGUCAGAAGUUCAAAGUCUUAUAUCUGACUUUGUCCCCAUUGAACAGGAUGGCAGGGUUCACCUCCCUCUGGCAUAUUUGAGUUGAUGAUGAUGUUAUUAUAUUAUGUUAUAAAAUGAACCAUUUUUAAUGAAAAGAGACUUUUGAUGGAGAAUAGAAUUCACGUAGGAAUAGUGAUCUGACGUGUACAUUUUAUUUCAGAACUGGCAUUGGGAAAAUGUUGAGAUUUUUAACUGCUUUUAGUCGAGAAUCCAUCUAUUUUUAAUUUUUUUUUUUUUUUUUGGUAAUAGUUUUCAAGUUCCUCUUUUAAAGAAUUUUUUUCAUGAGCUCUUCAGUGUACUUGCAGCAAUUCCAGAAUGCUAUGACUUGUUGCUGCAAAUCUGUUCAGCUUGCGGUCAAGUGCACCGAGCCAUGUCAAGUUCGGAAGUUGACUUGAGAUGUCUUUGAAAUGUCUUUGCCAUGAAACACUAUUACAAGUGCUUCUAAAAAGUAAACCAUCAACAACUCGCCAUACUAACUUGCCUCUGUGUGUGUGAAAGUGGUAUAGGUUUCCAAGUCUUCCAGGUCUGUUGCUUAAGUCUGUAUCGUGAAGAGAUUAUCCUUGGUUAUAAAUAAAACUGAUGAUUUUAUGUGACCGCAAUUGAUUCAACUCAAACUCAGAUCAAGAAUGAUUUUAAUUCAUAUCUCUCAAGAAAUCUAAUUGAAAUAUCAAUUUGAUCUAGAAUAAAUUAUAACUUUUGUAAAGAAAGGAUCCAAAUUGAAUAUAAAAGGUAAAGUCUACCCCAAAAUCUAGUCUCCUGUAAAAGUGAAAAUUUUCACUGUGUGGAAAUUUUCGCAGUAAAGAAAUCCCCUCAUCGUAAUCCCCUCAUCUUUGCAGCGAGCUCUAUAAUGAUCUCAUAAUUUGUCCAUAAUUGGUAAAAAUAACUUCCAUUUUUCGACCUACUUUUCCUUCGAUUUCAGUUGGGAAGGGGGAGUAACUGAUAUAUGUACCUGAUGCCGAGCCAUUGCAGAUUCCCUCCCAGCCACCAUGUGACUAUGGCUGUUAUUUUACAGUAACUCCUAUCGAAAUAACUCAGACGGUAUCACACAUGAUGACAUACACGUAGCGGAUGCCUAUAAUCUUCCCCAUGAAAAAAUACAUUUGCAUAUUGAGACAACACAGUCCGCACCUAGACCAUCCCCUCACGCCUGCAUCCUCCAUAUGCUUCCCGGCUGUUUAUUUCUGCCUUCAGGCUGAGAGACGAGACGCCUCGCUGCUGGGAUGCUUGCCCCCUGACCUAGACUCUCUUUUCUUAUCCUUUUUUGGGGGAUUUUAUUUCAUGUCUCAUGACUCCAAAUAAUCAAGAUAGCAGAUAAAUAAUAAUACAAAGUCCGUGAGAGACCACACAAAAAUGUUGGUCAGUUCACUCUCCAUAAGUCUUGGGAAUGGAGAUGUGGAUUAAAAGAUUGACCUGGGAACAGUGGUCAGAACGGAAGUUGAGAUAAUGAUAUGAGUGGAGGACUCUAUAGAAUCACAAGAUGACUUGAAUGUGUGGAUCAUUCCCCUUCUGUGUUGUAUGCUCAUUUGGAGUCUACUCUAUUCCAAAAUAUACAGACGUUGUCACGUUGACCGUCUUGCUCUAGCCGAUCGACGUCCUCCUUCCAAGGCGAUCCUACACUGCUAGGCUUCAAGCUCUUCAGCUCUUCUAACAUCGUUGACAUAGCUGUCGUCACAGCAUCCACAAGGAGAGGUUGAAGAGCCAGUAACGAGUCUUAUGAUCAUACAGUAACCGCCAUAUCCACAUUGUUACCAUUUGGUUUUCUUAUCUCUCCUUUUGCACCUGAAAACAGCAUCUUGACAUUUUCUUGUGGGAAGUCAAGUAUGCCAAGCGAGUUGAUGGUCAUCUUGGCAACACUGAUUUGCUGAAGGAAGUCUGCAAAUUUCCACAAUCCGUUUGGGUCCCUGUCUGUGAACUAAGCUUGGCCACAAGUUUAGCUUCCUCAUGAAUUUGACAAAACAACACUAGUUUACAGGCAAACCAAGUUUCUCUGCCCAGUAGGCCUUUUCAGCAAGUUUAUUGUGUUUCUUGUCAUUAACAGGAACUUGCCUUUCUCUCAGAAAUUGCUUGAGUUCAGCUGUAUAAAAAUGCUGAAAUCUACAAACAGCGUCACCCAUCGUGUUGGCCAUGAUUACAGGGUUCAGUCAUGAAGUACAGUAUAAGCAUUCUAAAACUCCCAUAUUGAGCUUGAAAAAAUGCUUGAGUUCAGCUGUAGAAAACUGAUGAAAUCUACGAACAGUGUCACCCAUCAUGUUGGCCAUGAUUACAGGGUUCAGUCAUGAAGUACAAUAAGCAUUCUAAAACUCCCAGAUUGAGUUUGAAAAAAUGCUUUGAAAUUUCAGGUUAAAAAGAGGCUGAGUAUUUAAGCUGUACUGUAGAAAAUAUAUGACAUUAUAUGGCAUCAGCGCGGUUGAAAACGUGUUUGCCCCCGUUUCCUUCCCGUGAUCUUCUGUGCGAUAUGUGCUCCCACGCAACAAGCACUAUUUGCGAUAACGUCGAUUGGUGAGUGACUCCCUAUCUCUCAGCUAGGCUGUAUCAGUGCCAAGAAGAAGAUAAUGUUCUACAAUUUUGUUUGAUUUUCCAGGAAUGGUGGUGUGCAACAUGUUUAGUUUGGUUGCAGCUGCUGUCCUCAAAAAGAUGAUUUUAUGAGUUUGGGGGAUUGCGUUGCAGUCGAUCCAUCGCUUUUAAAAAAUUGGGUCUCAUUUUUCAACAUUUCAGCAGAAAUGUACAAGAUGUUUGUGUCUUUGCGGAGACAUUGGGCAACAUCAGAUUUUGCUGCAUCUCCUCCUCAGGACUGCCCUCCAAGCAUCAUUCUUAAUAGUCCCACCAAUACUGUCAACUGCUCCAUGGUUGCAUUGAAGUCUUGACUUUGGUAGAGUGUGUUAGCA